AUUAGUUAUAAUAUAAGCAAAAUAUGUUUGAAAAUAUUUGUACAACAAAAUUAUGGGAUAGUCAUCAAACAUGGUAUACACCCGAUCCUCAUCUGAGCUCAUGUAUGAUCGAGACGUGGUUUGCAUGGAUUCCCUGUAUAUUCCUAUGGCUUACUAUUCCAUACAUUAUCUAUAAUUGUUUUAAAUCAUCGGACAAACCAUCAAUUGAUUGGAAUUUAUAUAACACAAGUCGUUUAGGUCUGACUAUUGUCGGCACAAUUGUCCUAUUUUUUGAACUAAUAUUCAGUUUGGUUCGCAAAUAUCAAUGGUUGGACAGUCCGAGUACGGCCUAUAUUAUUAUGACAGCCUUACAAACAGCUACCAGACUAGCCCUGUGUAUCAUUUUUUAUGCCCAACGCCGCUGUGGUGUCCAUCGAAGCGGUUGUGUUUGGCUAUACCUAUUGAUUGAUACAUUUUCGAGUACACUAUCCAUUGUUACAUACACUACAGCACCGGAUGAUAAGCUCAGAUACUAUGAAUUUGUAUUGAGAUGUCUGUCAUAUUCAUUGACUGGACUGUUGCUUAUUUUAACAACAUUUGCCGAUAAACUGCCGAUAAUAAAAAUGGAUGGCCAGUUAGCACACACUUAUAGUCAUAACCAUCAGCAACAACAACAACGUAAAGUGUGUCCAAAAGAGAGGGCAUCCUUUAUAUCAAAGAUAACCUACCAUUGGAUAGAUAUGCUGUUUAUAAACGGUUGGCGAAAAUCUCUAGAAUUACAAGAUCUAUGGCCAUUGCGUUCAGUGGACAUAAAACAUUCAAUGCCAUAG